AGCAGCUGAGGAAAAGACAUCACUGAUCGCACACAGCAUGUAACAUUGUUCUCUGCCCUUCCGCCUCCUCGCUCUUUCUUUUCAUAGUGCGCUCAAGUGUAUUCGCAGCCUUGGUUUCGCCGUCUUUGUACUGACCCUGGACGUGUGCAUGUGUCGAGCAUGCACGGAGAAAAAGGCUAGGGGACGAACAAACGCACCGAGAGCAAGAAAGCAGAAGCGUUUAGGUUGGAAUUGAAUCCACCCAAGGCUGCGUGGUCAUUACGAAGACACGGGCAGGGUAGAGCUCAGCGAAUCGGCUCGGCCCUUCUUUCCUUUUCUCUACUAGUCUUGAGAGGAUAAAUGCAGGCACAAGGUGCAAUGAUAAGAACCUCUUGGAACUCGUGCUUCAUGUACCACUUUUUAAUAUACUUCUAUGAUGAUGCUAAACUACACGACCUACUUGUGUAACUAGUUUUAUUGCCUUCUACUUCUCCUUGUUUUCCUUUAAAGAUGAGCAUAACGACGAUCGUAUAGAAGAGGCUACAAGUCCUCCAGGGUGUCCUUGCCCACCUAUUCGUCUUGUACCUUUUAACACUUCACCCUAAUUGCCUCUACGAGCGCGAGCUGCGGCGCACAAAAGGGUUAAACAGAGAAAAGUCAGGUAAACAGUCUUCAUCGGGCUUCGCUAUCACAAAACAGAAUAAUUUGCGUGUUGGUUUCCCUGACAACAUUAAGCUUAACCAAGGUCGUGAUCCUGUAUCCGCUCAGUAAGCGCGAAGAGCGGCAUCAGGUGUUCUGCAUGUGAAAUGAAGACAUGGGCUUCAAUUUUGCAGCUACAGGUUGUAAAUAGAGCACUUAAAUGGCGGUGAAUCAGGCUGAAUGUUGGACUGGUAUUAAAUAUGGCCUCUAUUUGUCAAACUGGCUUUCUACAUUCACUUCACUAAAUGUGGAUUUUAUUUUUAUUUCAUCGCUUUAGUUUUAUAGCAUUUAUCAGGAGUUAUUUCUGUGUGAGAGGAGAUGUUGUUCAGGAUUACAGUAAAUAAGAUCCUGUUUUCUAUUUAUUACAGGAUCAGGCUUGAAUGCUUUAAUACUAAUUAACAAACUCCUUCACACCUCAACCUGCUGCUGCUCAGUUGUGCCAUUUGUCAUUUACUUGUUAAUCAGCAUCACCAGCAGCUAAUUGGACAGAUCCAACCCUCAGCACGCAACACGAAUAAUCACCUGAAAAUAUGUUUAUUUGAAAUGCUAAUCUUGUUUUGCUCAUUAAUAGUUUUAGGUUACAUCUGGGGGAUAAUUCGUGUGACCCGCAGGUUGUCAUGAUGCCGCACAGUCAAAAAUGUCCACAGCUUGACAGCUAAACAGCGCCUGAUGAUCCCGAAAUGUUCUUCAUCAUUGCCGUAAAUCUAAUUAGUCGUCCGCAAACUCCAAUUAGUCGUUCACAUGCCACUUUUGGUGCGUCAGGCUGAAAUUAUUCCGGAAAAAAAAAAGUUAUUGGAAAUAAGGCGCGGCGCAGUGCUGAAUACAGAAGAGGCAUCUUCUGCUGUUGUGGCCGUUUUUUUUUUUCUUCUAGAUUUGUUAGAUGGCACCAAUCCGAUGCGGAGACACAUCUGCGCGCACGGCGGUGGCCUUCGGGCGCGCGUGCGUGUGUGCGUAAAGAGCGCGGCUGGUACAACGCUGACGUCAGGAAUCAAUCGGCUUUGUCCAAUCAUGUCCAGCGGCUUAUAAAUGAGGAAUGAUAUCCGUCGGACAUCCACAUCGGCGGAGGACUUCCAGGUGCGCCGCGCUCACUCCGUAACCAGCAGCAGCAGCAGCGAUGCCUCACUCCUUGUUCCCCCUGUGCGUCCUGGGCCUCCUCGCCCUCUCCUCCGCCUGCUACAUCCAGAACUGCCCCCGAGGAGGGAAGCGGGCGCUGCCGGAGACCGGGAUCAGACAGUGCAUGUCCUGUGGCCCCGGAGACAGGGGCCGCUGCUUCGGCCCCAGUAUCUGCUGUGGGGAGGGUCUCGGCUGCCUGCUGGGGUCCCCAGAGGCAGCUCACUGUGUGGAGGAGAACUACCUGCUCACUCCCUGCCAGGCGGGAGGGAGACUCUGCGGAUCUGACGGAGGACGCUGCGCUGCUUCAGGACUCUGCUGCAACUCUGAGGGCUGUGUGGUGGACUCUGACUGCCUGGGGGAGACAGAGAACACAGAUCCAGCUCACGGCUCUGCCAGGAGUUCACCUACAGACCUGCUGCUGCGUCUGCUGCAUGUGGCCACCAGAGGACAGAAUGAGUACUGAUGCUGUAUUUGCGGACGUCCCCCCCCUGCUCCUCAGUGCCUGGAGCCGAAACAGAAAUGCAGUCCCGCCUCAAGAUCCGAACUCUGAAACAAAAGCCAAGUCAAACUUUGUCUCUGAACCAACUCUGCUGUGCUCUUCUGUUUCUGUCUGAACUAUCUUCUACUUGUUUUUAAUUAGCUACUUAUAUGGAAAUCCUGGAAGAGAAGAAUCAUAACAACAGGCUUGAAAUGAUUAGAUUUCAUGUUUGUUCCCACUUAAGAAAAAAAAAUGUAUAUACUAAUGCACAUACUGUACACAAAGUUUAUUCUCUAUGAGGGCGCUCCCGUUCAAAUAGUUUAUAAAAAUCAGAAAACGCUGUAAAUAAGUCCGACAUUAAAGACUGAGGUUGGUGUAGAGACCCAUGUAGAACAGCUGAAUGCUUGAGCAGUCACUUCUCGUGUAGUAGAAAUAUUGUAUAUUGAAAAUAAGAGAAACAAUACAGAAUGUAUCACUGCCAAA